CAACAGAGACUGAGGAGAGCAGAAGUUACUGUUGAACUGAGAAAGAACAAAAGAGAAGAACAUCUAAGAAAGAAAAGGAACGUGCCCCAACAUGAAAACAGUACUGACUCUGAUGAUAAUGACAAACCUUUGAUGAAUCAGUCCUUAGAAACAAUAGUUCAGAAUGCUGCCAGCCCAGAGCCCGGUGUCCAACUCAGUGCUGUACAAGCUGCUAGAAAACUGCUGUCCAGUGACAGGAACCCUCCCAUAGAUGACCUGAUUUCUUCUGGAAUUUUGCCCAUUUUAGUCCAUUGUUUGAGCUGUGCUACCAAUCCCUCGUUACAGUUUGAAGCUGCUUGGGCGCUCACAAACAUUGCUUCAGGUACCUCUCAGCAAACACAAGCUGUGGUGGAAGCUGGUGCUGUCCCGUUAUUUUUAAGGCUUUUAGAAUCUCAACAUCAAAAUGUAUGUGAGCAAGCUGUCUGGGCCUUAGGAAAUAUCAUUGGUGAUGGUCCUCAUUGCAGAGACUAUGUCAUAGGUCUAGGCGUGGUCAAGCCUCUACUAGCCUUCAUCAACCCUGCAAUCCCUCUCUCCUUUUUACGCAAUGUCACGUGGGUCAUCGUCAACCUGUGUCGCAACAAAGACCCAGCGCCACAUGUUGACACGAUUAAGGAACUCUUGCCGGCGUUACUAAUCCUUAUUCAUCAUACAGAUACAAAU